AAAGUGGCUAUACUAAAUUAGCACAAAAAAAAUGCAAGUCCAAGGAAGUGAUCUGUAUUUUUAAAGCCAUUUCAGAGGCGGAACUACAUUGUCUUGUUGCACUCCGGUUGUAUUAUCAUGCAACACUGAAUCACGGACGUGAUUUCUGAAUCGCUGCUGCUGAAUGGAAGUCUAAAUUAUUUCUUUUAGAAAGAAACAUCGUUGUAUUCAAUGUUUUAGGUACAAUAAUUUAUCCGGAGGAUGUGCGAAGUGUUAUAGUUUUCAUAAAUUGUUUUAGAGUCGCGCGGGAAGCCAACUGUUUUAUUAUUAGCAAGCUAACCAGCUAGCUGUGCGUCUGUAAAACCAUUCCUUCGUCUUUUACACUGAGGAGGUGGACGAGCUGGAGACAUGACGGGUUUCACCAGCACGUUGCUCCGCAGGGCUGAGAGGGUUUGUCAACACCUGCCCGUGUUCCUCAACACCUUCCUGGUCUUCUCCAUCACCGGGGAGGUGAGCUACCUGGUGCUGGUCGAGGCGCCUCUCGAGGCGGAGCAGAAAGCGGCAGAGUGGUCCGUCUGGUGGAAGACGGUGCACCUGUUGGCCCAGUUCUUCAUGCUGGGGAACAUCUGCUGGAACGCGCUUCUCUUUUUGAAAACCAACCCCAGCGUCAAGGGGGUGUUCUUGGGAGGAGAUGGCCUGGGGCAGGGGUGGAGAUACUGUUACACAUGCGAGACCCACACUCCCCCACGCUGCUCCCACUGCUUCGACUGCAAGGUGUGCGUGCUGCGGCGGGACCACCACUGUGUGUUUUUUGGCCAGUGCGUCGGCUACAGCAACUACCGCUACUUCCUGAGCUGCUUGUUGUUCAUGUGGUCAGGGCUCCUCUACGCCAUGGUGAUGAACGCGGAGGUCUUCAUUGUCAUACUGAAGGAGGGCGUGACGUUACACAGCAUUCUGCUGCUGCUCAUACCCUGGAUCAUGCUGGUUUCUGGCCAAGUCUCAGCGCGCGCCUUCGCUUUCGCCUUCAUCGCCGACACAUGUGUGGUGGGCUUCCUGCUGGUGUCCGCUUUCUUCUUCUUCCAUCUCUUCCUGCUGUUUCGCGGUCAGACCACAAGGGAGUGGUUCUCGUCUCGCCGGCCCUACAACCUGGGGGUCUUCGGUAACCUGCGUCACAUGCUGGGCCUUCGCUGGUACCUGUGCUGGCUCUCCCCGCUCAUCCCAUCCCCGCUGCCCGGAGACGGGAUGAACUUCGAGGUCACAGGACCGCUGGAGCCCACCAAGUAACAGCGAGAGGCUCCGAAUAGGCGGCGUGUCCUUGCUUUAGCGGUGAUGGGUAAUGGUGCCAGAAGAAGCUGUAGCGGGGAUCGGCCAGAGGUUUUUCUGUAGCUUUUUAUCCGUGCUGAGACAAAUCAGAUGUUGACCUGAAGAUAUCCUGUGCACUGAAUGAGGCUGGCCUCUGAAUAUUAUUACACAUUAAGAAACAGUUUUCAACAGAAGCACUAAAAAUGUUCCAGAACAGCACUGAUAAGAAUGUAUUAUUAUUAUUAUAUAAAACACUUGCAAGCUGACAAUGACUCUUGGGGCGGUAGGGCUGUUGGGUGCGGUGAUAAAGUCUACUUUAUCUGGGCUUUCUCAAAAUAAAUGUAAGCGAAGCUGCCUGAUUUUAAACCUCCCGUGCACUGUUCCUGAUUAGACAACAUGAUUCCUCACAUCUUCUGAACAGCUGAGUUUAUUACACCAACCUUUUCACUGGAUGUCGUGUGAAGAGCUGAAGUUGACACGGCAAUGUCUUAAAGGACAAUGAAUGAUAAAUAGUAAACACAGGUAAGAGUACACAGUAAAAUCAUGUGUUUGAGUUUGAAAAGUAAAGUAACUCUGUAACAAACAGUGUUUAAAUCAUGUCUGUUGGAACAGACUCCAUGUUUCACAGUUUGUUGGUCAUUUAAAGAUGUCCCGAUUCUUUAUAAACCACUAAUUAAACUGACAACAGUGUUGUAAUCUUUAUAACUUCUCUUGUCUGACUGUAAAGUACAAUUUUUACAAAACAACUAAUUUUUUUUAUUAUUAUUUUUAGCAGAAGCAGAAUUAUUAUCACCUGCUACAGUUCAGUUUGUAAGGUGGCCUUUGGGUGAUUCAACCUGUUCUUUACUUUAUACCAGCUGGACUUUCGUCACUUCAUUGGAUUAAAUGUUUAUAGAGAGGGGUUUUUUUUUCACUAUUUUGUCUUUAUUUGAGAUCCUUCAUGCCUUGGGUUGAAAAGAAAUUACAAUAUUUUGUUUUGACAGGUUCUUCUAUGUGUUGCUAAAUUUCUAUUUUAGCCAAACAUCUUUUUUUGAAUGUUUUAUUGUAUCGAUAAACAUGGCUGCUUUGUGU